AUGGACAACAAAACCUAUUUUGCAGUGUACACUCUGAUGGAACCAAGAGGCUCCAGAUCUUAUCGGCACAUAUAUUUUACAUGUUUUUUGCUUCUCUAUGCUUUGAUACUGUUAAUGAACACUUGGCUCAGUGCGAUCAUUGUUUUAGAGAGAGCCCUUCAUGAACCAAUGUACAUUUUUCUAUGCAAUUUAUGCGUAAACUAUCUAUAUGGUGCAGCAGGAUUUUAUCCUAAAUUCUUGCAUGAUUUAAUUUUGGAUUCAUAUGUGAUACCUUAUUUUAUGUGCGGCCUCCAAGCUUUUGUAAUUUACAGUUCAGCUAUGUGCGAGUGUACCACACUAGCAGUGAUGGCAUACGACAGACACUCAAAACUGACCAAAAAUACAUGCGGCAUAUUACUCUUAUUCUGUUGGACUCUACCAUUUACUUGUAUGUUCAUUGGAGUAGUGCUGCUGAACAGGUUGACAGUGUGCAAAAAUCAUAUCGACAAAUUGUACUGUGACAACUGGUCAAUGGUAAAGCUCUCGUGUGAACAGGUGGAUAUUAAUAACCUCAUGGCAUUGAUAGUUUUAUUAUUUUAUUUCUGUCUUACAGCUUUAAUUAUUGUGUCUUACAUAAAGCUAAUUGUUGCAUGUCAAGCAUCUCUAGAAAACAGAAGAAAAUUUUGGCAGACAUGUGUUCCACAUUUAUUUUCAAUAAUAAAUUGUAGUUUUACUGUGUUUUUUGAUGCGAUGUGCAGCAGAUAUGGCUCAAGCAACGUCCCUGAGAGUGUCUAUGUUGUUUUUGGCUUGCUGCUGCUAAUACUGCCGCCUCUUUUCAAUCCUUUAGUAUAUGUAUUAAAACUCAAAGAGAUUCGUAAAAGAAGCUUAAAGUCAUGUGUAAAUACCGGUAAAUAA